AUGGUCCAACGCAGUUACUCCAAGACCUACAAGGUCCCACGUCGUCCCUUCGAGUCGGCUCGUCUUGACUCCGAGUUGAAGACCGUUGGCGAAUAUGGCCUGCGCAACAAGCGUGAGGUGUGGCGUGUCCUGCUCACCCUCUCCAAGAUUCGUCGUGCUGCCCGUCAGCUCCUCACCAUGGACGAGAAGGACCCCAAGCGUCUGUUCGAAGGAAACGCCCUCAUUCGUCGUCUGGUCCGUGUCGGUGUGCUCGACGAGUCCCGCAUGAAGCUCGAUUACGUGCUUGCCCUUAAGGUUGAGGAUUUCUUGGAGCGUCGUCUCCAGACUUGCGUUUACAAGCUCGGCCUUGCCAAGUCCAUCCACCACGCCCGUGUCCUCAUUCGCCAGCGCCACAUCCGCGUCGGAAAGCAGAUCGUCAACGUCCCAUCGUUCAUCGUCCGUCUCGACUCGCAGAAGCACAUUGACUUCGCCCUCACCUCGCCAUUUGGUGGUGGACGUCCAGGUCGUGUGCGGAGAAAGAAGGCCGCCGCUGCCGCCAGCAAGGACGCCGGUGGUGACGACGCCGAGGAGGAGGAGGAGUAG